CUUAGCGCGUGUACAUAUACCAGUUCUGUUAAUCUGAGGUUUAUUAACAAGUCGACAGGAACGGACUUCAACCAAAAUUACCUUCUGCCACUAAAAAUUGUAUUAGGAGUUCGGUGACUUUAUUAUUGGUCCGUUACGCUUCUGUCGGGAUUACCGAUCGUGGCUUCAACAUUACGGCGGCAGAAAUAAAGCAGACGACACAACGCUUGUGUGCCGUGUACACGUCGGGAAGUGAUUGAUAAAGGCAGCCAUAGCCAGGCUCUGUUACCAGUUAUAACCAUUCCUGCAAUUUAUGCAGUCGUCUGCUAGCAGUGUACGUGAGAGUAGUUUUACAAAGUAGGUCGAAGAGGAACGUAUUUACAAUCUUAGCAAGAUGACAGACGCCGAGUGCUCCCGUGGCCUAAUAGAGGGCAAACAGAAUAACGUUCCGAGAGCAAAUAAUGGUGCGCUAAAACCAGAACGAUAUUUGGAAGAGUGUGAAAAAUUAAGGACCCAGUUAGAUAGGACCAAAACAUAUCUAUAUGGGUUGGCAGCUGUCGUAGUUGUCGGUGCUGUAAUUUUUAUAAGUAUCGUAGCAGGUCUAUAUGGCAAACUCAGCCACGAUAUGGCUCAUCAUUCCCAUCGACCUAAAGUAGGCGAACAAGUUGCCAAAAUUUUAGAAAACAAGGAAAUGUGUUUUUCGUGUGGUAAGAUAAGGUUAGGACCUAGUCCUGAAGAGGAUACAAUGUUGAAUACUUUUGUUCGGAAAGAUAACCAAAAGGGAGAACAGUGUUGUGUAGAAACCCCGGCUCAGUUACUAAAACUAUUAGAAUUAUUUAUUGAAAGAACAUAUAGAGAGGAAAUGGCUAAAGGUAAUAUAAAAGUACAUACUGGCGGUAACUCUGGUAAUGGUAAGGAAGAUAAACCUGCGGCUCAUUUAAUGGGUGUUAAUAGACGACCAGAUUUAAAUCAACCACCAGGAAGCCAGUUCUCAAUCUCCAACUGGAUUUAUAAUCAAGAUUUGGCUUUUGCGAAAAAAGUCACCUAUCGACAUGGUCGAAUUGUUGUUCCGGUACCUGGUUUAUACUACGUUUACAGUCAGAUAUCUUUCUUGGAGCUGUUCAUGAACCGUGAUUCUGGAAACGGUGCUAGUACGGAAUCCCCCAGUCUCUCCCAUUAUCUAUAUCGCUAUAACAUAAUUUACCCUAAUGGCGGCGAAGAGAAAAUGAUCCAGAACUCUAUUACCAAGUGCUGGGGACAAAACAAAGGUUUCGGUGAAUAUACAAGUUACCUUGGCGCCGUUUUUGAUUUAAGACAGGGAGAUGAAAUAUUCGUGAAAGUUUCCAAUUUAACAAUGGUCGUGAAAGAUCCUAAAUCCAACUAUUUUGGUUUGUUCAAGCUAUGAGAUUUGUAGAGGGGUUUAAAACUACCUAAACUGUGUCUUUCAAACUGCUUUCAAAUUGUGUUAAAAUGAAAAUAGAAAUAAUAAUGCGGUAGACCAAUCGUAGCGGAAAGAAUUAUUUACUGCUGUUUGGUGCUUCCGCUUCGAUGGUUGGCUGCCAUACUGCGGAUACUUCAAAGAGGUAUUUCAUAUAGUAGGUAGGCGCUGUUCCAGAUAUGGAUACCAUCCGGAAAGAUAGUUUCCAACUACAGAAGAUACCAUAAGUAAAUGAUCAGAACCGUCCAAUAUAGGAGAUGGUCUCGGCAUUCUUUUAUAAAUAAAUGCUCAUUUUAAUUGGUCAUAAUAUCUAAAAUUGAUGACGUACUACACAGAAGCUUGUAUAUUAAUAUUUCUUCACUUUGCCAUGGAUUUUAUAAAUUUCUGUAUACAUUGCGGUAAUUAAAAGUAUAUCGUUUUUUUUAAAAAUAAAAUCAAGUCCCCGCAUUUCCCAACGCAAUACAACAUAUAAUGACCUAUUCAAAUAAUUAGAUUUAGUAUCUGGAUUAGCUUAAUAGGAAACGGACAAAAGUGGAAUUGUUUCAUAUAUUCACGUCCCAAAAUUCAGCUAAUAUUUGCAAUGUGACAGGUUUUUUUUGUCAACUGUCGGUAUUUUAGAUAGAACCUGUCCCAUCUCCUGUCCAUGGGAUCCACUUAUUAGACUACUUUAUUUAGGCAAAAAUGAAAGCGAUCUUAAAACUACCUAUUCACUAGGUUUAGGUAAAAAUAUUAUGCUACUCACAUAUCAACAAUAUAGUGGAUUUUCUUAUUCUGCCCAAAUAAGUAUAUCACUAACUAGUUGAAAUUUAAAUAACUAACUGACGAAUGUACCAGUGUAGACUAUAUUCUAUGUUUUUUCAAUCAUUUAAACAAUAUUAUAUAUACAAUAUAUAUUAACACUUUAACAAAACGAGAAAACAUAGCAUAAAUAAAUGUUUUUAAAAUCAUGGUUUAAAUUCUACAAGAAUCUAACUUGUUAUAAAUGUUCUAAGUUUGUCAUAUUCAGGGGAUUUAAUUUCGAAUUUGACUUCAUUAUUUUCAAUCAUGUUUUUUGCGUUCAGAGAUUAAAACUCAUGUUUAAAUAGAACGGCCCGAUACGUUUUACAAUGUUUAGUCUGUACACUUUCUAAAGCCAUGUUUAUACGGCGACUUUGUUUGUAUUUUUUAAUGUGUCAUUUUGCAUAUAAAACCAAGAAUCGCCGUGCAAACACAGCUUAACUUUACUGAAGAAAUUCAGUUAUGUGCGUUCUUUUGGGCAUUUAAGGAGGGUAAUUUACAGACACUACGUGAAUAACGUGAUAAUUGUUUAUAGGAAUACUAAUAAUGUGCCGGGAACGAGGAUUCUUACAAGAUUUAUACAUAUUGUAUACUAAAUCAUGGACAUUUAUUUACAUUUGUACGGAUGGAAAUACAUGUUUUAAUUCCAUGUAUGAAUGUUUUAUUUUCCACCAUGAAAAUAAUAAAAACUCAUGAUGAGUCAUGUAUUGCCAAAUCAUGAAAAAUAGUUUUUUUCAUUUUAAUUCAUAAUAAUCAUUCGUUAUUUCAUAAUAAAUAAAAACAUAGCGAGCAUACAUUUGUGAUAUAUUCAUCAUUGUUUUAGGAAAACAAAAUUGAUAAAAAAAAAGUUACUGAAAACAUUUUAUCGUUAUCUAUUUUAAAUUGUUCAUAAUCAUGAUGAUUUCAUUAUUUCGUUGCAUGCGAAUUCAAAUUAAUGCAGUUGUAAAUAUAAACGUUGAUAAUCUUAUAUGUGUUAUGUUUUUUGAAAGUGAUUGUUUGUAAUAAAAAUAUGAGUAUAUGUAAUAUUAUAAGGAGUAUAAUUAUUAUUAUAUAUUCUAUUGAAAUGUUAAAUAUAUAUUGAGAUGUUUUAUUUGUAUUUAUUAUUCUGACGUUAACGUUUCGUUUAAAUUUUCAAAAUAGUAUUUGAACUAAAGGUUUGAUUUGAUAACUUCAAUACUUGUCCGAGUUGUAGAAAAUUAAUAGGCAUUACUGAAUAUUUAAGCUGCAUUUAAAUUUAGAUACAUAAUACUUUUAUAACUUUUAUAAAGUUUAUAAUAAGAAAGUUUUGGAUUUUUUUCUUAGGGUUGUUUUUUUGUUUAGUUUUUCUUCGAUAUAGAUGUAGUCGCGAAGCUGAAUAAUUAGUGUUCAUUCAAUACAAAUUAAUGUGUUUUAUAUUAAUUAAAAAAUGUUCAAGUUAUAUAUAAUAAUUCCUUCAUCCAUCUGUUAUAUGUUUGCUUUGAUAUAUGUGUGCUGAUUGGACAAUUAACAAGGUUUUUUGUAUAAGAAGGUACUAUGUGUAUCCAUGGUGAUUGUAUUAUGUUAAUCAUUGUUACGUAAUAAACCAUGCCUAUUUUUACUAUCAA